AUGAAUAGACCCCUAGCCUUGAAUCCUGCUUGCGGACCGCAAGUAGAGAAUUCAGCUUCUCUGUCUUUUCUAUUGCAAUCCGAGAUCUAUAGAGCAGGAUAUGAAACCAUAAAAAGCCACACGUGACACAUCCAUCUUUCCUACACAUAUGACCGUCAGCUCAUAUAACUGCAGGUUAAAUCGCGUUGAAACAUACAGCAGUCAGAUCAGAAUCAGAUGUAUGUUAAAGGCGGUACCGCCGCCCAACCCACGGGAUCACGUGACUGCUGCCUACGGUUGGAGGUGAAGGUGCAGUGAGGAAGCAACAGCAAUGUACAUUACACUCGUACACUUUGUUUGUGCUUGGACUUAAACUGGGAUACGCAGGAGCCUGACUGUAUAACAAAGUGACAUUGAGCGUACUGCAAGAUCUGGUAACAGAGUCAGUAUGAACUUCAUACCAAACCUCUCUCCAGGGACCUGGAUCCUGCUGGCUGUAUUGUGGUUGCUGUUGUUACUCUAUGGUAUAUUACCAUAUGGAAUAUUCAAGAAGUUGGGAGUUCCUGGACCUACUCCGUUACCAUUUGUUGGAACAUUUUUGGGAUAUAGAAAGGGUGCGGUCCAGUUUGACAUGGAAUGCAACAAGAAAUAUGGAAAAUUAUGGGGCCUCUACGACGGCAGACAACCAGUGCUUGCAAUUCUAGAUCCAGCUAUAAUUAAGUCCAUUCUAGUAAAAGAUUGUUACACUAACUUCCUGAACAGACGGAAUUUUGGUCUCAAUGGGCCCCUGGAGUCUGCUCUUGCAUUUGCUGAGGAUGAGCAGUGGAAAAGGAUUCGUACAGUGCUCUCGCCCACAUUCACCAGCGGGAAACUGAAAGAGAUGUUUCAGAUCAUGAAGGACUACUCGAAUAAACUGGUCAGAAAUGUACAAGUUUAUGUUGAUAAGGAUGAAACAUGUGCCAUGAAGGACAUGUUGGGAGCUUACAGUAUGGAUGUUAUCACCAGUAGCUCAUUCAGUGUGAACAUCGACUCUUUAAAUAAGCCUAAUGAUCCAUUUGUUACACAAACCAAGAAGUUACUGAAACUCGGGUUAUUCAGUCCAUUACUCCUCGUCGUUGUGACUUUUCCCUUCCUUCGCCCUAUUCUUGAUGGGCUGAAUGUUAAUUUCUUCCCAAAAGACUUCCUGAAUUUUUACAUGAAUGCUGUUACUAGUUUCAAAGAGAAGCGGCAGAAGGAAGACCAUCCAAGCCGUGUGGAUUUUCUGCAACUUAUGUUGGAUUCUAGAAUUGAAGAUAUCAGUGGAUUGAAAAAGGAACAGAAAGCUCUGACAGAUACAGAAAUAAUGGCUCAGGCCAUUAUUUUUAUAAUGGCUGGUUUCGAGACAACAAGUGCGACACUAACCUACCUCUUUUAUAACCUGGCAACCCACCCUGAUGUUCAGCAGAGGCUACAGGAAGAAGUUGACUCUUUUCUUCCUGACAAGACUAGUCCCACUUAUGAAAUCCUGAAGAAGAUGGAGUACCUAGAUAUGGUGAUUCAAGAGACCCUCCGCAUGUACCCCCCUGUGGGGCGAUUGGAGAGGGUUUCAAAGCAAACUGUUGAGAUCAGUGGUGUAACCAUACCAAAGGGGGUGGUCUGUAUGAUCCCAGUAUAUGUGUUGCAUCAUGACUCUGAAUAUUGGCCAGAUCCUCAAGAGUUCCAUCCUGAAAGGUUCAGUAAAGAAAACCGGGAAAACCAUGCCCCUUAUACCUUCCUGCCCUUUGGAGAUGGACCAAGGAACUGUAUUGGGAUGAGGUUUGCUAUGCUGAGCAUGAAAGUAGUAAUCUCAGCUCUCCUCCAGCAUUUUACAUGUCGCCCAUGUAAAGAUACUCUGCCCCCCCCAUUCUCCAGUUCCCAUGUGUCUACUCUAUGGGCACCAUCAGGGCUUAAAGUGGUCCAGAAGAAGUGGGGGAACUCACCUCGCGCGCGCUCCCGGCAAGGAGGUGUGGCCUCAUUAAAAUGGGCGUGGACUCAUCUGAUCUCAUCACGGCCACCACAGGAAAAAAAAAAGUCCCAUUUUACACAUUACGGCAGAUCCCGAUGGAGUUCAGCACUACAGGUUUCAUGCAACCUAAGACACCGAUCAUUCUAAAAUUUGUGUCUCGAUCCGUAGCCAAUGAGUGAGCAGCAGAAUAAGGACAGGACUAUAUGCAGCCUCUUUUUAUUAAUUGAUCCCACAUUAUCUUUGACUGUUGUAUAAAGCCUAUUUAGCUUUCUUGUGAUGUCAUUGACAAUAUACAUUUAAUUGUAUGGAAUAUUUUCACUGUCCUUUUACUAUAGUUUAUUUCUUUGCUAUCAUUCCUGCAUGACCUAUUAAGUACAUUUUUGUUAUUUUUUUCACAAUCUUAUGGAUUGUUUGACUACAUUAUUGAUGUUGUCAACUGUAACUCAGAAAUGAGAAAAGCUGCCCUGCUGUGUCCUAAUAAUAAGCAAAUUAGGGGUCUUCAAUUCUGAAAUAUUAUAAAAAUUAUACAUACAAUGGCCCUCAUUCCGAGUUGUUCGCUCGUUAUUUUCCUUCGCAUUGGUGCGAUUUUCCGCUAACUGCGCAUGCGCAAUGUUUGCACUGCGGCUGCGCCAAAUAAAUUUGCUAAGAAGUUUGGUAUUUUACUCACGGCAUUACGAGGUUUUUUCUUCGUUCUGCUGAUCGUAGUGUGAUUGACAGGAAGUGGGUGUUUCUGGGCGGAAACUGGACGUUUUAUGGGAGUGUGUGAAAAAACGCUGCCGUUUCUGGGAAAAACGCGGGAGUGGCUGGAGAAACGGGGGAGUGGCUGGGCGAACGCUGGGUGUGUUUGUGACGUCAAACCAGGAACGACAAGCACUGAACUGAUCGCACUGGAAGAGAAAGUCUCGAGCUACUCAGAAACUGCAAAGAAAAAUAUUUUCGCUAUAUUGCGAAUACUUAGUUCGCAAUUCUGCUAAGCUAAGAUUCACUCCCAGAGGGCGGCGGCUUAGCGUGUGCACUGCUGCGAAAAGCGGCUAGUGAGCGAACAACUCGGAAUGAGGGCCAAUAUUCACAGCACUAAUAGUACACUUGGUGUGGGAAACUAUAUAUGGUAUAAUAAAUUAUUAGUUUUUAAUCUCAGUGUAAAUUGAAUAUUCUGUUAAUUUAGUAAUAUGCGUUUGCAAAGUUCCAGUUGCAUAAAGCACACAGUCUCUCUAGGAAAUAAAAAAAAUAAGUCUCA